AUGGAGCGAUCCUCGAAAGCCGCCGCUAUCGACGAGCUGCCAACGCUCAAGGAGGAGAAGGCGAUCGACUCGACCUCUGACAGUAUCGACGUUGCCGACGAGAAGCAGCUUGCGGACUACGCCGAUGCCUAUGACGGCGACGAUAAGCCUGAGCUCAGGAAUGGCGAGCCGGUCAUCACCAGCGGGAAAGACGUCUCGUAUUUCGCCGUCGACCUCCGCGAUGACGGAGAUGAAGCUCUCACGUUCAGGUCGAUUGUGCUCGGGACAGUGUUUGCUGGGCUGGGCGCCGCACUCUGUCAGAUUUACCUCUUCAAGCCAGUGCAGAUGUCGGUCUCGACGGUGUUCCUGCUGCUCUUGACCUAUACUGUGGGCAACGCUUGGGCGAAGUUCUUCCCAAAGGCCAGUUGGGUCAAAGACACUCGUCUUGAGGUACUCGUACCUAUCUUCCACUUCAUCAACCCUGGGCCAUUCAGCUUGAAGGAGCAUGUCGUCGCUUCCCUCGUCUCUUCAACGGCCGCUAGUGGGAGCUCCGCGGUGCAAAACUUCGCCGUCCAAAGGCUCUAUUAUGACACCAAUGUUGCAGCCACUACCGCUGUGCUCGCGACAUUUUCUACUGCUUGUUUCGGGUAUGGGCUCGUGGGUCUUCUUCGCCCCCUUACCGUCUACCCUUCGGAGAUGGUAUAUUGGUUUAAUCUUCCCACCGUCUCGGUGUUCCAAGCUCUUCACUUCGACACCGCGGCGAACGUGAAACGACUCAGGCUAUUCUGGACGGCGUUUGUCGGGAUGUUCGUCUAUGAGAUUAUCCCGGCGUACAUUUUCCCGCUGCUAAACGGCGUCAAUAUUGUGUGCCUUGCCACGCAGAAGGCGUCCCAGAAGUCGGUCGACAUUAUCACGAACCUAUUUGGUGGCACGGAUGGUAACGAAGGCCUGGGAUUUCUCUCGUUGUCCUUUGACUGGCAAUACAUUGGUUCGGGUUAUAUGAGCUUGCCUCUCAUCCAGCAAGCUAACUCGUGGAUCGGCUACUUUUUCUGCUACAUCGUUAUCAUGGCCAUAUAUUAUUCGAACCUAUGGAACUCUCUGGCCUUCCCGAUGCUCUCGAGUUCGAUCUUCUCCUCCAAUGGAUCGAUCUACCAUCAGUCUGCCGUUUUCGGGACGCACUUCCAGCUCAAUCAAACGGCCCUCGAGGAGAUAGGCCUCCCAGCACUGACAGGUUCUAAUGCCUGGUCCAAUUUGACGCAAAAUCUUGCUAUUGGCGGUUUAAUCGCUCACGUUAUUCUUUUCUGGGGCCCGUACGCGGUAGACUCAUUUAAACUCGCCUACAAGAGGUCGCAGCCCGAUCCCCACUACCAGGCCAUGCAAAAGUACAAGGAGGCGCCUUGGUGGUGGUAUAUCAUCCUUCUUUGUUUGUCCUUCUUCGCAGGCUUGGUUGUUGUGCUUAAUGGUCAGACCACUCUUCCUUGGUGGUCCUAUAUCGUCGCCUUGAUCCUUGGCGCCUUCGUUACUCCUUUCUCCACUCUUCUCUUCGCCCGCAUGGGUAAUGGUAUAGCUACGAACCAACUCAUGAAGAUGGUUGCUGGUGCUAUCAACCCAGGUAGGCCGGUGGCGAAUCUCUAUUUUUCGAUGUGGAGCCACGACGUCGUCUCUACUUCGAUCAAUCUGGCAGGAGACCUCAAGAUGGGACAAUAUCUGAAGAUUCCUCCGCGUGUCAUGUUCCUUACCCAGGUCUGGGGAACUAUUCUGGGAGCCGUUAUCAACUAUGUUGUUAUGAUUUCCGUAGUUGAUGCGCAGCGCGAGAUCCUUCUGAGCCCUACUGGAACGAAUGUCUGGAGCGGUCAGACGACGCAGAGCUUGAACAGCGCAGCAGUCACUUGGUCUUUGGCGAAAGAGCUGUACGGCUUCAACGGCCCUUAUUGGAUUAUUCCGAUGAGCCUGGUCAUCGGAAUGGUACCAACGACCAUCCAAUGGGUCAUUCAUAAGAAAUGGCGUAAAAUCGGGCCUGUGCAGGUUAGCACCAUUAUGCUACCCAUAAUUUACCAGUACUCCUCGUGGAUGUCGGUCGGGGUCAAUUCGACGAUCACCUCGAGCAUCAUCGUCGGUCUGAUCUCACAGCUCUGGCUGCGCAAGUACCACCCCGGGUGGUACAAGAAGUACAAUUAUAUCUUGGGUGGCGCUCUGGAUGGUGGCGCGCAGGUCAUGAUCUUCAUCCUUUCCUUUGCUGUCUUCGACAUAAACAGGGACUGA